AUGUAUGAUAGCAUUUGCAAUAAUGAGAAAGGCCGCAGAAUAGGGAUAUUACCCGUGUAUAUACCUGGGAAAAUGUACAAUUCCCAGUGCACCACCAUGGAAGAUCUUCGAAAGUGCGAGGCUGUGGGAAACCCUGGUAUAAAAAACAUUGUACAGGAAACUACAAUAAAUGUCCCAAAAAUUCAAUACAAGGAAAAAGUUGUUGAAAUUCCCAGAGUUGAAUAUCGUGCAUAUCCUGUUGUAAAAGAUAUAGAGGCACCAAUAUAUAAAGAUCGAUAUAUAUAUAAAGAUGUUGAGGUUCCACAAAAACAGGUUAGAAUAAAACCUGUUUACAAUGUUGUAAAUGUUCCACAAUAUAAAUAUGUAGAAAAAGCUAUAAAAAAAAAAUAUAAAAGAUUUAGGUAUAUACCUAAAGAAGUACAAGUACCAUUUAGACCCAAAAGAGAAAUAUAUACUGAAAUUCCUAUGCCUAGAUAUAUACGUCAAUAUGAUCAAACUUUUAUAGAACCACAAAAUAUUCCUAAUAAUGCAUAUACAGAAGAAUUACCACUUUUUGAAGGCUAUAAUGAUAAUUUUUUAAAUAUGAUAAACCCAUUUUAUAAUGCAUCAAAUAAUAGAACAAGAAAUAGUAAUGGCUUUUUAAGUUGCCUUUGUAAUAAUAAUAACAAUAUUGAUACGGUGUCAUACGAAAAUUUAGAUCCUUUAUUAUUUUCAGAACCAACACCAUAUAUAUAUAACAAUAAUUAUUAUGGUCGUAGUAAUACUUUUUGUUGCUCUGAUGAAAAUAACAAUUUACAUGAUUCCCUACCAUAUGAAAUAUAUGGAUAUAAUUAUCCAAUAAUUAAAACACGUGAUGAGAACUAUUUAUAUAAAAGAAUAAUUGAGGCAGCGUCAAGUGUAUUAGCAGCAACAGGAGUUGCUAUCAUAUUAGCAGGUAAAUUGGGUAUAUAUGGAAUUUCUUUACUAUUAAAUAAUAAUACUAAUCAAGAUUCUAAAAAAGAAAUAAAAGAUUGCCCACACAAAAAAAAUAAGUAUAAUAAUGAAAAAAAGGAACAUAAAGAAAUUAAUGGGACAAAUGGGGGUCGUCUUAACGAGAUAGACGAAAAAAUAUAA